AUGUUCCAGAACGCGGUCAACGGCGUCCAGACGCAGCCGGAGGACAUCGCGAUCGCGCUGCAGCUCGUCGAUGAGUGGGGCCGCGGCUUUGCGAGGAACACGGCGGGGUUUGCUGCGUCGAUGAAGGCGCGCGGCCUCGACGCGGUCUGCGCGCCGGUGGUUGUGGAGCGGCUGGUGCGCGAUACGGUGUUGGUGACCGAGUGGGUCGACGGCUCGCGCCUCGACUCCGACGCGUCGCCCGACGUGCCGCGGCUGUGCGGCGUCGCGCUCAACGCGUACCUGACCAUGCUGCUCGACACGGGCCUCUGCAUCCUCGACUGGGGCAUGACGCUCGAGGUGCCGUCGAACCUGCAGUAUGCGCUCCUUGAGUUCAUCGCGCACCUGAACGUCGAGGACUACGACGCGGACUUCAUCAACCUCGGCUUCUCGCCGGAGGGGGUGUCCGCCGAGCGGCUCAAGGCGUCCGGCAUCACCGACGGCCUCUCCUUUGCCUUUCGGCAGCUGAGCGCGGGCGGCGGGCCAAAGAAGAUUGCCGAGCGCGCGCAGCUCGCCUCGGAGGGGGUCGACGUCAAGGGCGUGACCAACGUGAUGGAGGAGGUGUCGCGCCGCAACCGCGAGCUCUUCGCGCUGCCGCCGUACGUCCUCUACGUCGCACGCGCCUUCUCCACCCUCGAGGGGAUCGGCCUCUCGGUCGACGAGGACUACGCAAUCGUGCAGGAGUGGUUGCGCUCUCCUCCACAAGUCUCAGUCGACGCGUUCAAACCAGCCCUAGGCCCAACAGAGCACGGGCUGGAGUGCUACCCCUACCUCGCUCGCCGGCUCUUCACCGACCGCUCGCCGCGCUCCAAGGCGGCCCUGCGGGCGAUGCUCGGCCUCGACGGCCCGGCGUUCCGCGAGGCCACCGCGGCCACCGCGACGGUGGACCGAGGCGCGGGCCAGUCGGAGGCGACGCGUGAGCUGGCCGGGCUGCUGAUCCUAGAAGCGGAAUACGACAUCCUUGUGGAGGAGAGCGCACGGCUUGGCGAUGCCGCGGUGCGGCAGGCGCUGCGUACCGCCUUGGUGGACACGCCAGCCUCGCUGGUCGCGCCCCUCGGCCUUAAGCCGCCGCCGGCCCUCGAGGCGCUCCUGGCGGCGACCGACGAGGACGAGCGCGCCCUCGCCACCGCGUCAGAGAUCGCCGAGCUUAUCGGCCCGCGCGUGCGCCAGGAGCUGGGCGCGGCCGCGAGCGAGCCGCCGCUGCCGACCGCCGUGGCCGAAGCGGUCGGCUCCCUCCUCGCGGACGGAGGCGCACGCGGCGACGUGUGGCGCGGCGUGCAGGGCGUGACGACUCUCUCUCGCCGCGUCGGGGCGCUCAUGCUGCGCCGGGGCGUGCAGCGCGCCGAGGGCACUCCCGGCUUGCCAGCGGCGGCUCGAGAGGCGAUCAUCAACGGCAACAAGGCGCCGGCGGCGCAGCGGCUGCGGCAGCUUGCGGCGCGCCUGCGGGAGGGCGUCGAGGUCCGCGGUGCCCUCUGGGGAUGA